ACGGUAGUCUGCGAACUGAAUCCCUGCAGAGACUCGUGCAAGUGUAUUUGCGUUUCCAGACGGAGCGGCCACGAGACGUGCGUUUGGACAUAUUUCAGCUUUAUUUCUCUUCAUAUUAGUCAUUACAGUCUAAUUAACUUUUAGGGUUUGCAUGCUUAUGUAACGCAUUCGCUACCGUUUUGCACUCUUAUUAUCCUUUGCUGCAGUGAGACUCUUUCAUCUCCGUAAGCGUCUAGUAUUCAACCUUACUCAGCAUUCAUCAUUAAUACUCUUAACUCUUGAGGUGUUAAAUGUGGAUAUUGCCGUGUCUUCGGGGUGGUAACCAUCACUAAUUUUAUAAGCCGUUUAUUAGCCAAACCAAGCCGUUAACUGUUUGGGAAGUCAGAGCUGGUGUUCAUGCCCGAUCUGCAGCGCUUCAGUUUUCCCUACCGUAGUAUGAAUUCUCCCCUCCAUCAGCAUCAACUGCUUCAUUCACCAGAAGGACCCGGACAUCCAGAUUCACCCUCGGGUUUACUGCCCGAGGCUGCCGACCCAUCCUCUUAUUUCCUCGGAGAUCAUCCCGGAUUCGGUCUGGGACCUGGUAGCGUCUCCCAAAGCGCAUUUGACCUAGCAUCCCACACUGGGUUACCUUACCUGCAUUUUAAUUCCUCCCUGUACUGGUCUCAACCUCCUCCUCCUCCUCCUCCUACAGCCAUGGCACUGAGAAACGACCUGGGCUCCAAUAUAAGCGUGCUAAAGACUCUGAAUCUGCGUUUCCGAUGCUUUCUGGCUAAAGUGCAUGAACUGGAGAGACGCAAUAAGACAUUGGAGCUACAGCUACAGCAGGCCUUGGAUAGCAAUAAAACAAAUGCAUGCGCUGAGGACGGAAGGACCAAAGACGUCGGUGUCCAGACUGGGUUUAUUGGGCCUAUCGGGGUCCGGCCUGGGUCUCUAUCUAUCCAAAACACCAAUAACUCUGCCAAACGACCCACUACUUUAUGUAUGCCUUCUCUCACAACUGUUCUCAAACUUGAGCCCAGUAAAGCUGAUGAUGGGAGCUUUGGUUCUGCCGACCCAAAAUCAAAUAAAAACCCAACCAUCACGGUUAGUGCCUGCACACCCACCACCGAAGCCGCUUCAGCCAACACCAACAACUCCAAUAACAGCCCACGCAUGAGCAGUGUUGGCACGGGGACGUGUCCCAAUCCUCCCCCUCGGUUCCUCCCGGGCACUAUCUGGUCCUACAACCACACACGGAAAUUGGGAAGCGGGUCAGAGACACGGGUCACCAGUCCCGGAGUGUCAUGGGUUCACCCAGAUGGAGUGGGUGUCCAAAUAGACACCAUCACCCCAGAGAUCAGAGCGCUUUACAAUGUCCUGGCUAAAAUCAAAAGGGAGAGGGAUGAGUACAAACGAAGAUGGGAGGAGGAAUACACCAUAAGAAUGGAAAUGGAGCAAAGAGUCAGUGAGCUACAAGAGGACCUACAGGAGAGUGAAGUUUGCCAGGAUGAGUUGGCCCUCAAAGUACAACAGCUGAAAGCUGAACUGGUGCUCUUUAAAGGACUCAUGAGCAAUGUAAGUAACCUGUCCGAGUUGGACAGUAAGAUUCAAGAGAAGGCCAUGAAGGUGGACAUGGAUAUCUGCAGACGCAUCGACAUCACAGCUCGCCUGUGUGAUGUCGCCCAGCAAAGAAACUGUGAAGAUCCCAUCAAAAUCUUUAAGGUUCCCAGCCCCCAAAACGCCAUCACCUCUCGUGCUCGUAAGCAAGGCUCUCAGGCCGCCAAUGGCAGCGAGACAGAUGAGCCGGUCAGCACUUCUGAGAGUGAUGGAGGUGGUGUGAAAGACGAUGAAGUGUGCACUCCUUCAACCUUUCAGAUCAAUGAAGAGAUGCACAGAAUGUUAACCCAACUGCGUGAGUGUGAGUUUGAGGAUGAUUGUGACUCUCUAGCAUGGGAGGAGACUGAGGAGACACUGCUUCUGUGGGAGGAUUUCCCACGAUGCACUUUAACGGCAGACACCAGCCAGGGUGAACAGGAUGAUUGUUUAGAAAAGGUGAUAAAUGACACCGAGUGUCUGUUCAAGUCCAGGGAGAAAGAGUAUCAGGAGACUAUAGACCAGAUAGAGUUGGAGUUGGCCACAGCAAAGUCUGACAUGAAUCGUCACCUGCAUGAAUACAUGGAGAUGUGCAGUAUGAAAAGAGGCCUGGACGUACAGAUGGAGACGUGCAGGAGACUCAUAACCCAGAGUGGAGACAAAUCUGCUUCACCUGCACCCGGAGGCGGCGCUGAGGUGAACGGAGAUGCCGAGAGGGAUAAACCUGAGGAGGGAGGAAGAUAAUGGUGAUGAAUUGCAAGAUGAGAAGUCUCAUCAAAAUUAACCAGAUGUCUUUGCUGAUCGCUGCCUCUAGUGGCGGUAAAUGGAAUUACACCGUGUGUGCUCAACACCCAGAAGAAAACAUCAAACUCCGUGUGACAUUUUCCCCUGCGGGUUGUGCACAAAAGCACUGCUGUUUUCACGCCUACAUACUUUACGUACACCAUGCCAUUUUAAAGACCGUUGACUGAGUCCCUCACCAGAUUGUCUGUUUUCAUCUGAUUUCGGCGAGUCUGUCCGCUAACGGGUAUCAUUCAUGUUUUCCGUCUCGUCCUCCUAUUGCCUGAGUCACCGUAUUGUCAGCGACGAACGCAGUCACUUUUGAUUUCACAUGUCUGAUCAAUCGAAAAAAGGUUUUCAUAAAGUUUCUGUUUCCUAGAGACUUCGAGCAGUUAGGGGACAUUUGCUAACUUAUGGUUGCUGCAUGUACGUGUGCAUUUCAUGCCGCUGCGGGCUUCCUGUCGGACCUGUUGUAAAUACCGGGCUGUUAAUGCAGGUAAAGGGUGGAUGUAACUGUCUUCCUGCAAGUCAAACCUCAAAUUCACAUGAAAUAUAUGACAUUUGACGUAUUCGUGCUGAUGCCACGCUGCUUUGGAGUCUCAUAGAGUAAUGCGUAACUUCCUCUCAUGCGAGUGGAAAACAUGAGUGAUUGUCGAGAUCAGACAAACGGGGUUUGAGGAUGUUAUGGCCCGAUGUAAAUGAUAAGCGUUAACUAUGUCAGCCUUUGUUAUUUCCUUUUCACCUUUCUCACAGUUUUUCUUCGUCUCGGAGUUAAACUGUGCAUUUGUAUUAGACUUCGGAUUCAGGAGGGACCUAGCAACAUAAUGCAAUAUUGACAUUUGGGUUGUCAGGUGAUAAUAUUGUGAGCUAGAUGAUUUACAUUUCCAUGUGAUGCAUUUAGCAUUAUAUAGUUUGUGCAUUGGUGGUGAAUCAAACCCAUCAUAGUGGUGUCGCUAGUGCAAUGCUAUAAGGAACCACGACACUAUAUUUAUUUACAUUCAUGAUAUAUUGUCAAUUGUUGUUGGGCAUUUUCUUAGUCUCGUUCUGAGUUUGGCUUUGAUCAAAUGGAAAUAGUUGAGUUUGAGGUUUCGCCUUCUCAUAGAUUUGCUAUGAAUGGUGGUCAGUCUCCAUUUACUCCAGAUACUCUUGUGUAAAAUGUAUCUUACAUGAUCGAUUUAUCGACUUUAUCAGUGCAGUAUUGUAAGGUAAUUAAAGGGUACUUCGACUAUAAA